AUGUCGGUGUUACUUGAAACUUCUGUCGGCGACCUCGUCAUUGAUUUAGAGGUGGAAUCAUGCCCAAAAACAUGCGAGAAUUUUCUCAAACUGUGUAAAGUGUACUAUUACAACCUCCACGCCUUCUUCAACGUUUCCAAGGACUUUUUAGCGCAAGCGGGAGAUCCAAGUGCAACAGGUACCGGAGGAGAGUCAAUAUGGUCUCUCAUCGCGUCACAAUCUUCUUCCAACGCGUCCGCACCUCGAUAUUUCUCCCCGGAGAUUCUUCCCAAGUUCAAGCAUACACACAAAGGGACUGUGUCUAUGGCAGUCGCUCCAGGAGUCGAAGGGGGUGAAAGGGGGGGCUGUGGGAGCCAGUUCUUCGUCACCCUUGCCGAUAAUAUCGACUACUUGGAUGGCAAGCACGCUGUUUUCGGGCACGUUGUCGAAGGGUUGGAUACGUUGGAUAAAUUGAACGAUGUCUUCACGGACCAGGAUGGGCACCCGUUAAAAGAUGUACGGAUCCGACAUGUCGUCAUCCUAGAUGACCCGUUUCCUGAUCCUGAGGGCUUGGUCCAGCCGUCUGCUCCCCCUACACGGCCGCCAGAUAAUUCUAAUCGUAUUGCGGAGGACGAGGAUCCGCUAUUUCAACUGCCGGAGGAAGAAGAGGAACGUAUCAGACGUGAAAAAGCAGCAGCGGCAUCGGCGCUUACUCUUGAGAUGGUCGGAGAUCUGCCAUUCGCCAAUGUCCGCCCUCCAGAAAAUGUGUUAUUCGUGUGCAAGCUUAACCCUGUAACUCGAGACGAGGAUCUGGAACUGAUAUUUUCACGGUUCGGGACUAUCAUGAGUUGCCAGGUUAUCCGGGACAAGAAAACCGGAGAUUCACUGCAGUACGCAUUUGUGGAAUUUGAUAGGCGUGAGGAUGCGGAACAGGCCUACUUCAAAAUGCAAAAUGUGCUUGUCGAUGAUCGACGUAUAUGGGUCGAUUUCUCUCAAUCCGUCGCCAAAUCGAACAACUUCUGGUCCAACGAUAUCAAGCGAGGUCCGAAAUAUAGCAAGGGAGGCAGCGGGUUUGGUGGGCGUGAUGAUCUUGUGAAGACGCAGCGAUAUCGCGACAGCGAGGGCAGCCAUGACAGACAUGGAUACAGGAUGGUGUUCGAUGUACCAUCCAAUGGAGGUGAUCACAGAAGAAGACGUCGAAGCAGAAGUCGAGACAGAGACCGUCGUCGGUCCCGAAGUCCCAGACCGGACCGUGACCGCCGAAGACGCGAUUACUGA